UUUGAGCAACAGUAUAGCUAUUUAUUUUUCUAGAUUGUUAUUAAAUAUUUUAUUUAUGUCAACUCCAAAGAAAUUGCGUUAUAGAAGCGAUAAAAGUGAAGAUUCUGAUGAAAAUUUUGAAUCUAAUGAGGAAGAUGAUAAAUUUGAGCCUGCGAUUGCUACAUCUAGCGGUCGUUUAGUUCGUCCAUCAUUGGGAAAUGCUUCCAAAACUGGAAUAAACAAUGAAAUUAACAAUAAAGAAAGCAAUGAUGUUAAUGUUCAGGUUCCAAUGAAGCGCCUUAAAAACCAUGAAAGUGAUAAAGUAUGUGCGCCAGAUUUUUCAAAAAUUGUCCGUUAUUUGACUGCUGUACAACAAACACACGAUAAUUCUAUAAAUCUGUUAAAUGAGGAGGAAGUAAAGGUUUUUCUUUCAAUUUUUUUAGGGAAGGAUAAAACGUUUAAAUCCUAG